AUGGCACUUGCGAACUCACUCACGGCAUUACUCGGGCUUAUCCAAGGACCUAUUCUUGUCCCCUGGUAUAUGGGAACUAUAGAUGAGCUUCCUCCCCUCCUCGUCAACGGCCUCUUCAAUAUCAAAUUGCUGCAGUUUGUCGGUGAUGCAGCUGGACACAGAUUCAUUGAUGAUUUCAACCCUGUGUAUGCCAUAUCUCAGAUCCAGAGCUCGCUCGAUUGGACUUCUCUGAAUGUUGAGAAUAUGGCAAGUCUGGACAAUUUGUAUCGAAGGACCCGUCGCUAUUCGGAUGGCGAGCCAUGGCAGCAUUGGAUGUAUCUAUCGGCGCAAAUGGAGCCUUGGAAAAACAGCCCGACGCAUGAGGCGCUGGGACGGCCAAACUUUCAUUACAUGUCUUGCCACAAGACUUUCUUAUGCGCAUCACGGCGCGUAAAUGCGCCGGCACUAUUGCACUUCUCCAUCAACGCGACAGCAACCACGGAGCACCCGGAAUUUCCGUACCAUGAACCGGUAUCCGUGCGGGUAUUCGAGCUACCCUUACAAGAAACGAUCAUUCCCGGCGCCAAUUUGACCUUCUGGACGACCAAAGACACAUACUCUCAUUUCGUCCAAUCUUACGGCCUACUGGCCAAAGCGGAAGAUAAACGGACAACCCUAUGGAUCAUGCAAGAUACAACACUGAUAACCGGCGCUUAUCUUAUUUCUUUUGUAUUUUUGGCAUUUCCAACGUACUUGUUCAAGCACGUGAGAGCAAUGUUUGUGGAUACAAAGGAGCCCGAGACCUCUGGAACAGAACUGAAAAGCAAGAAUCCUUUGGCUCAAGCUCUGGAAGAGUUUCUUGGUGGAAGAGUGUUAAGAAAGAUUGAAGCAGAGCUUUCGAUGGAUGACUGGAACACCCCUGAGGAGAUUAUCCAAGAGUUCAAUGGUGCUUUGGGGCUAGAUGAAAAUAGGCAGCUCAAGGGUCGGUGA